AGUGCGCGGGCAGACAUGGCGGAUGAUGAUCCUGAGGGAGCCGGGCCGAAGCAAAAGGAAAAGCCGAAACAUAGAAGCAAAAAGAAAGCGGCUGCAGCAGUUAAUGAGUCUGAACUUCUCACUGUGCCAGAUGGAUGGAAAGAGCCAGCCUUUACAAGAGAGGAUAAUCCCAAAGGGCUGCUGGAAGAAAGCAGUUUUGCAACGUUAUUCCCAAAGUACAGAGAAGCGUACUUGAAAGAGUGCUGGCCACUGGUCCAGAAAGCCUUGGGUGAACAUUAUGUGAAUGCAGCGCUGGAUCUAAUUGAAGGAAGCAUGACUGUCACUACCACUAAGAAGACUUUUGAUCCAUAUGCAAUCAUCAGGGCUAGAGAUUUAAUAAAACUUCUGGCAAGAAGUGUUCCAUUUGAACAGGCAGUUCGUAUCCUUCAGGAUGAUGUUGCAUGUGAUAUCAUAAAAAUAGGCACUCUGGUGAGGAAGCGAGACACUUUUAUAAAAAGAAGAGGACGACUUCUUGGGCCAAAAGGAUCUACUCUAAAGGCCCUGGAACUGUUAACAAACUGUUAUAUCAUGGUGCAAGGAAACACUGUUUCAGCUCUUGGACCCUUCAGUGGGCUAAAAGAGGUCAGAAAAGUUGUUCUGGACACAAUGAAGAAUAUACAUCCCAUAUAUAAUAUUAAGACUUUGAUGAUCAAAAGGGAAUUAGCAAAAGAUCCUGUGCUGAGAUCACAAAGCUGGGACAGAUUUUUGCCGAAGUUCAAGCGGAAGAACUUGAAAAAACGCAAGGAGCCGAAGAAGAAAAAUACCAAGAAGGAGUACACGCCAUUCCCACCUCCACAGCCGGAAAGCCAGAUUGAUAAAGAAUUGGCAAGUGGUGAAUACUUCUUGAAAGAAAGACAGAAGAAACGAAAGAGAGUGGAAGAGAUAAAGGCAAAGCAAGCAGACGCACUCAAGAAAAGACAAGAAGAAAGAAAUAAAGCCUUUAUUCCACCAAAGGAAAAGCCAGCUGUGAAAACAAAGAAAGCCUCCACUGAGAAAAAAAUUGAUAUUGAAGCCAUCAAGGAAAAGGUAAAGAAUGCAAAGAAGAAGAAAUUAGGAGCACUUCCUAUGGAAGAAGUCAAAUUAAAAAUGGCAGCAGAUGAAAAGAAAAAAAAGAAAAAAUAAUUCACCACCCAAGAUUUUCUCACUUUUCUCCUGUGUUAAUGAACACUUUCACACUUGGGAGAUUUGAGAUGUCUUGCUAUCAGUAUAAUCUGGACAAGAAACAACUAGGUAGAAAGAGCAUUCUCUUCAUAAGUACAGUUUAAUUAGCACACCUAAAGCAGCUAUGCAGAAUUGCCAGGGUCGGUGAAAAAAUCUGCACUGCUCUGUUGUUUGAGAAAAGAGAGUGUAUUUGGAUAAUACCUGUCGGCCUUAAGGGAAGGUUUUGUGAUAGAAACGUUCAGGAGCUUGGUGCAGCAUGUUAAAACAUUAGGGUCAGAGAACUCUGUGGAAGUUUAAGGUUAUUCUUCUGUGAAAGACUACCAGACUAUAUGCAGCCUUGGUUAUGGUGAUAACUUUUGAAAAUGGGAAAAAUUUAUUACUAUAUUAUGCUUUUGUUUCUGUGAAAGCUCAUUAUUUUUACAUGUCUUGUCUUGAUGUUAAUAAAUAUUUUAAUACAUUGUUCUUAAAUCGCUUAAUUAGUCAUCUGUUGCACAGCCUGCAUGUUGUUUUCCAGGAAAAGAGCUUACAGCUUCAUGUGAGAAUUAGAUAAACCAUAAUCUUAAUUGAAUGCCAUUAAUAAACUUAAUUUAUUAGCAUUA